AUGGAUCUACUCUUCAAACAGCAACAGAAGAUAUGUAAUUAUAAGGAUGAUAGGAAAAUGGAAGUGUUAGCUGUCAUUGGAGGUUUUAAAGCAGACUAUGCCAUCCAGAUGAAUACCAUCAUGGGUCUCUACAAGUUCCCACAGCUCACCUACGGUGCAUACGAUGCUCCACUCAGGGGGAAAACUGUAUUCCCUGCUUUGUACCAAAUGUCACCGAGGGAAACGGCUCUGCACUUGGGGAUUGUCCAGCUACUCCUGCAUUUUGAGUGGACAUGGGCUGGGCUCAUUGUUUCAAAUGAUGAUGCUGGAGAAAGCUUUGCACAGAUUUUGACAUCUCUGCUUGCUGAGAAUAACAUCUGUGUUGCCUACAUGCACACAUUUGGAGAAAAAAUAAAAUAUUGGCAUGAAGAUGGCAUGAAACUUCAUUCAAUGGUACAUCAAGACAUGAUAUUUACUACAGUCAAUGUGGUCAUUCUCAACUCUUUCCUGGAAAACGUCCAUUUUAACAAUGGGGCUGGGCAUGAAGUCUUGACUGAAAAUGGGAGAGUCUCAGCUGGCUAUGAUAUCAUCAACUGGGUCGAAGUCCCCAAUGGCACUUACCAGAAAUUCCAAGUUGGGCAUAUUUCAGCAAGCCACGAGCUCACCAUCAAUGAGGAUGCCAUUGUGUGGAGUAAGAUUUUUAACCAGACGAAACCUCAUUCCCAGUGUGUUGAGAGAUGCCACUUUGGACAGCACAGGAUGGUCCAGGAAGGGCAGCCCACUUGCUGCUAUGACUGUACUCCAUGCCCAGAAGACAUGUUUUCUAAUAAGGCAGACGCAGUUCAUUGUGACAAGUGCCCUGAAGAUCAAUAUCCAAAUGAAAACAAGGACCAAUGUAUUCCCAAGGUUAUAACUUUCUUGACGUAUGAUGAGCCCUUAGGGAUCACUUUGGUUUCACUUGCUGUUUCCUUUUCUUUCAUCACAUUUUUUGUAUUCCAAACCUUUCUCAGGAACUGGAAUACUCCCAUUGUCAAAGCCAACAAUCAGAACCUCACCUGCCUUCUUCUCAUCUCCAUCCUGCUUUGCUACUUGUCUUCUCUCCUAUUCAUUGGCAAACCUCGGAACGCCACCUGCCUUCUCCGACAGGCAGCCUUCGGCAUUGUCUUCUCUGUUGCAAUUUCUUGUGUGUUGGCAAAAACAAUCAUUGUCAUCCUAGCUUUCCUGGCCACAAAGCCAGGCAACAGGGUGAGGAAAUUUCUAGGGCAGAAAGUAGCAAAUGCCAUUGUUCUUUUUUCUUCCCUCGUUCAAGUGGGCAUUUGUACUGUUUGGGUGUCAACCUCUCCUCCCUUCCCAGAUGCUGACAUGCACUCACAGACUGGACACAUCAUACUGGAAUGUAAUGAAGGCUCCAUCACCAUGUUCUGCUGUGUACUGGGUUACAUUGGCUUUCUUGCCAUCAUCAGCUUCAUUGUAGCUUUCCUAGCCAGAAAAUUGCCGGAUACUUUUAAUGAAGCCAAGUUCAUCACCUUCAGUAUGCUGCUGUUUUGCAGUGUUUGGGUGUCCUUUAUUCCAGGCUACUUGAGCACUAAGGGGAAAUAUGUUGUGGCUGUGGAGGUUUUUGCCAUCUUGGCUUCCAAUACUGGACUAUUGAUUUGUAUCUUCCUUCCAAAAUGUUACAUUAUUCUUCUGAGAGCUGAUCUGAAUUCUAGGAAAUUACUACAAGGAAACACAUAA